GGGACUCCUGGGCGCUCAGUGCCUGGAGUGGGCGGGUUGGACGGAGCACGGUGCUUGUUCCCAUGCUGAAACUUCCUUGUCAUUGCAGCCUCUGAAUGAAAGCAAAGCAGUCGGUGACUGGUGCAGGUACAGAAAUUGCUGCUGAUUGUACAGUAUGCGGGUCGUGCGUUCCGCGGGUUUGUGACAGCGCUCUGUGGUUUUGCUAUACCUCGGCUGGCUGUUUUCUCUAUGUGGUCAGAUCAGGCUUGAUGUCAGCAUGCAUCUACUGAGGACUUUGUAUCUGAGAUGUCAUUCCAGUAUAAUAUCGUUACGAGCUUGUAGACAACAACAGAGAUUCUUCUCACCAAGGAUUGGAUGUCAGGUUUUCACAUUUCAUGGACAGAACCAUUGCUUCCAUUCAGCCCCUAGACUAGAAUCCUCUCAAGAAAAAAGAGACGGCCAGAGCCCUUCUCUUGAUGCCAGUCACCCAGCGAAAAGCACAGAGACUGCCGCUGAGGCUCCGGUUACCGUAGAGGAGACGGACCCUUUACAAGACAAGUCCAUUGGCCUGGUACAGAGGUUCAAAAAGACUUUUCAGCAGUAUGGAAAAGUUAUGGUUACCGUCCAUGUGUUGACCUCCAGUGCAUGGCUCGGGACCUUUUACUAUGCGGCUGUGCAAGGAAUAAACGUGGUUCCUUUCCUGGAGUUCAUUGGAUUGCCUGAAAGUAUAGUGAAUAUUCUGAAGAAUUCGGAGAGCGGGAAUGUGCUCACAGCCUAUGCCUUGUAUAAGAUUGCCACCCCAAUCCGAUAUACUGUAACAUUAGGAGGGACUUCUGUAAGUGUUAAAUAUCUCCGAAAAUAUGGCUACUUGUCCACACCACCAUUAGUGAAAGACUAUAUACAGGACAAAAUGGAGGAAACGAAAGAACGUUUUAGUGAGAAAAUGGAGGAAACCAGAGACAUUAUUAGUGAGAAGAUGGAAGUAACAAAAGACAGGAUCUCCGAAAAGCUCCAAGAAACCAAAGAGUCCUUCACUUUUAGGAAGAAGAAGGAGGAAUGAGAAGAUGAUGAGUGCACCUUAACAUCAUUGCAGACUAUUUCCUGGCAUUGUGCACAGAAAACUGCAUUUGUUUUAUCAGUUUUCGUCAUAUGAUGUCUGCAUGGAGUUACCGUACUCCGAACACAUCGAUACACUUGUUUAGUCUGCACAGGAACGAAUUCCUAGAAAUCACAUAUAUAUUACAAGUUAACAUUGUCUAUGGCUUUUACAGUUAUUGGCACAUUUUCAUAUCCAUGUAACGUUAGACGUAAUAUUAGAAGCUUUUCAUAUUGUCUACAGCAAAUUGUAAUAACACACCAGGCAAGCCGCUGGUUCAUCCCAGUAAUGGGUCAGAGGCAUGUCGGGGUGGGAGGGAGGUUUAAAGUAGGAACCCCCAUCACUGCAAUUUUUACAUAUAAUCCAUUCUAUUCACCCAGCGUAGUAUCACCCGGUACUUUGUGAAAACUGUUUUACAUAGUUUUCUAAGGUACUUGGCAAUCUGAAAGCACAAAGAAGUUUUAAUAUUAUGACUGAUGACUUAUAAAUAUAUUGGUGGCAAUUGUCCAUUUAUAAAGUAUAAAGUGCUUUGAUUAGAGCAGGAAUCGGCAACCUCCAGCACUCCACAGCUGCUGUAAAACUACAACUCCCAGAAUGCUCCAUUCACUUUUAUGGGAGCUGAGCAUGUUUGCAUGCUGGGAGUUGUAGUUUCACAGCAGAUGGAGUGCUGAAGGUUGCUGAUUCCACCCUAAGAGGAGUUUCCAGCCUUUUUGUUUUUCUAAAACUGCUACCGAUUUGGUGGUGUUUUUUGAGCCAAAGCUGCAAAAGGAAUGUGAAAUAUGAAUGAAGGAAAUCUCCUUUGUACCUGAUCCAUUUCUGGCUUAUACCAAAUGCACAUUUCCAUGUUCCUGGAUAUAUGGUCUCUUCGUAUUACAUGCAUGUGAUGCAGCCUGACCACAAGUUUAAAGGCUUUGGACAUCUUUAGGGGCAAUUUUUUAUAAUUACGUUUUACUCUUUUGGGCUAAAAAUCAUUCUUUCAAUUGGUCUUUAUUAAAAAUGGUCCAUCAUUUUUCUUCUCCAGCUUUCACUUUCACUGCCCCUACGGACUAUUCUUCUCUACCUCACACUGAAUCUGUCCAGGGGCUGCUCUGACAGCUUGAUCUGAAGCCCUCCUCUUUGAACUCAUGAAAACUCAUAAACAUUAAUUUAAGCUAAAUUCUUAUAAGGAGUGUUUAUGAGCUGUCAGGAGUUCACAGAAGAAGGCUACAGAUUGAACUGUCAGAGCAGCUCCCUGACUGAUUCAGUGUGAAAACAAAAUAUUUUUAAAAUAAGUAAAAUGCAAUUAUAAAAAUGCCCCAAAGGUGUCCAUAGCCUUUAACUAAGGGCAUCAUAGAGCCCUAAGAUCCUGUGGGUUCAGGUUGGCAACACUCCCAAAAACGACAUAAAACACUACUGAAGCAGUGACAUUUUUCAAGAAAAGACUAGUUAGUUAUAUAUGGCGUAAGAUGUGUACAUAUAGGUAUCUUUCAUAGCAUGGUACGAAACACUUUUAUCGCCACAAAAUGGCUACCAAAAUUUGACAGAAUUAUUAGAUUUCUAUUAUAAAGCUUUUGGGGAAAGUUGUGUUUACGUUUUCUUAGUGCUGAUUCUAUUAUAUUGUUAAUCAUAAUUUUGUUAAUUAAAUUUCAAUACCAAAACCCAGUUUUAGGGUACUUUCACACUUCUGUAGUGUAUUGCGGAUCCGCAAUACACCCGGCCGGCACCACUAUAGAACUGCCUAUUCUUGUCUGGAAUUGCCGGACAUGUUCUAUUUGAGGGCGCGCUCCGGAAAUGUGGAUAGCAUAGUGUGUGCUGUCUGCGUCCAUUCCUGCUCCAUAAAGAAUGAAUGGGUCCGCACCCGUUCUGAAAUUUGAGGAACGGAUACGGACCCAUUCUGCGGAUGUGUGAAUGGACCCUUAUUCUGUGUGUACUUGCUUCUGUUGCGUUCUAGCUUAGUCUUCGAUGCUUAUAGACCUGUAAAUCAUGAUGAUGUAUCCUGUCUCCAGCUUUUCUGCAGAAUACUUGGCUGUACCUUGUGACCAUGUACAAGCACUAACCUUUCACACAAUUAUAUUCCCAGUACACUGACUCACUAUGUUCUUGCCUGGAAUCCUCUGGUUUACAGAUACAGUGAAACCUCUGAGACGACCUCCCAGAAUUACCAUUGAAAAUGGGUCUUUUAGGGGGAGAUGGCUAGUUUGAGUAAUAUAUAAUGGGGCUGACAAUCUGUUAGAGGAACUCUGUUCUGAGUAAUAAAGGGAUGAACUUUUGGAAAGGUUUUAUUGUAUAGCAGACAUGUCCAGACCUAGAAGAUUUUGUGCAGAUAUACCUAAUCGAAAAAUUAUUAUUGCUGAAAUAAUCAAAUGUGUGCAUUUGUUAGCCUAGGAUUAUGAUUUCAAUUCCUUAUUACUGCUGACAGGUGAAUAAAGUUGUUUAAAAACUGC